GUGAGGUGAGGCAAGGCAAAGCAAAGCUUCCAAGCCAUCCCUUUCUCUCUCUCUCUCUAGUUUAGAUAAACAAUAAAAUUCCCAAAUGAAUAAACAAACAAGCUGAAGCCACCCUCUUUUUCCCAAGAAACAAACAAACAAACUGAAGCCACCCUCUUUUUCCCAGGAAACAAACAAACAAACUGAAGCCACCCUCUUUUUCCCAGGAAACAAACAAACAAACAGAAGAAACCUUCGAACCAUAACACAACGACCACGUUUCAGGGGGAGACCCCAAAAAAAAUAUAAAGUAAAAGAAAAUAUCAAACGCCUGUUCUAGGGCCUCCACCAAUUCCCAAUCCAAAACCGUAUUGAGAGAGAGAGAGAGAGAGAGGAAGGGCCUUUCGGGGGAAAUUGUCCCUUUUCCCUUUUCUUCACGGAAUCUUUGUCUUCUUGGGUUGUUAUUGGUUAAAAAAAAAGAGCUUCUCCUAUUAAUUUUCAACUGAUGUCUCUGUUGCCAAAGAGCGAUUCAAUCCAAAUCCGUGAGGUAUGGAAUGAUAACCUUGAGGAAGAAUUCGCUUUGAUUCGGGAAAUCGUUGAUGAUUACCCGUACAUUGCCAUGGACACCGAGUUUCCGGGCAUUGUAUUACGUCCUGUGGGCAAUUUCAAGAGCAGCUAUGACUAUCACUACCAAACUUUGAAAGAUAAUGUUGAUAUGUUAAAGUUGAUUCAAUUGGGCCUUACCUUUUCAGACGAGGAAGGGAACUUGCCUACUUGUGGAACUGAUAAAUAUUGCGUUUGGCAGUUUAAUUGCGAGUUUAACGUUGACGAGGAUGUCUUUGCUAAUGAUUCUAUUGAGCUUUUGAGGCAAAGUGGGAUUGAUUUCAAGAAGAACAAUGAGAAAGGUAUUGAUUCGAUGAGAUUUGGUGAGCUUUUAAUAUCUUCAGGGAUUGUUUUGAAUGAUAGUGUGCAUUGGGUUACUUUCCACAGUGGUUAUGAUUUCGGUUACUUGCUUAAGCUCUUGACUUGCCAGAACUUACCAGAUACACAAGCUGGGUUCUUUAAUUUGAUCCAUAUUUACUUUCCCACACUCUAUGAUAUCAAGCAUUUGAUGAAGUUUUGUAACAGUCUGCAUGGUGGAUUGAACAAGCUUGCAGAGUUGUUGGAAGUGGAAAGAGUUGGGAUUUGUCAUCAAGCGGGUUCGGAUAGUUUGCUCACAUCUUGUACAUUCAGGAAACUCAAGGAGAACUUCUUUAGUGGCACUCUGGAAAAGUACUCUGGUGUAUUAUAUGGUUUAGGUGUUGACAAUGCUCAUUGAUAAUGACAAGUAAUAGGGG